AUGGCUAUUUCAAUGUUGUUCAAUUCCCUUUCAAACGACCCAAAUGGCUAUCUUCCUUAUCCUUGGCAACGAAUCCUAGAUAUCCCUACGAAGCUUGUUUACUACCAUGACUAUGAGACUGGAUUUGUGAUUUACGAUUUUAGGCCAUUUGUGGAUUUUGGAGGGGGUGUUUUCCUGGAAAAUGAUAUUGGGUUCAGUUUGACAGACGAUGAAGUUCUUGAGCAAAUAAACAACAACCUUCAGGAUUUUCUGAGCGCCCCAAGACUUCUGCUUUUUGUGUGUGCAUGCAGUGGAAGAAAUUACUAUGGCGUUGUUGAACAACCAGUGGUUCGAUGCCCCUUGUGCAAGCGCAUAACUAGCUUGUUUCCAUGA